UCAUCUUUUUUCUUUGUUUUGUUUGCAAAAAGGUUAGGUUCUGAUUAUUACAUAUUUGUCGAGCAUUUUUUUUAUGUAAACCCAGUUUUCUUCUUUCCACUUGAUGCUGAAAUUGAAUUUUUUUCAAUGGUUUUGUGUUAGUAAUAUAGGUUUGUUGAAGUUAGUAUUCAUUGAAUUUUUUUUGUCUUUAAAUUGCAUUAGAUUCUCCUAUAUUGCAAUAUGCUUCCUUGCAUUGGUGCAUCGGUUGAAUAAAAUUAAUGUUGAGAAGGCUGUGAAGUAUAUAGUUAGUUGCAAAAACCUGGAUGGUGGAUUUGGAUGUACACCAGGUGGAGAGUCUCAUGCUAGGCAAAUUUUCUGUUGUGUGGGAGCUCUUGCUAUUACAGGGUCUCUGCAUCAUAUCGACAAAGACCUUCUCGGGUGGUGGUUGUGUGAGCGGCAAGUCAAAUCUGGAGGUCUUAAUGGGCGCCCAGAGAAACUUCCAGAUGUCUGCUAUUCAUGGUGGGUCCUUUCUAGCCUGAUCAUGAUUGACAGAGUACAUUGGAUUAACAAGGAAAAACUUUUGAAGUUCAUCUUAGACUGCCAGGAUGUAGAAAAUGGAGGAAUUUCAGAUAGACCAGUUGAUGCAGUUGAUGUCUACCACACAUACUUUGGUGUAGCUGGUGGUUUUGGUGGCAACAUUGGGCAUGAUCCACAUGUAAUGUAUACCCUAAGUGCUGUGCAAGUUUUAGCCCUCUUUGACAAGCUUGAUGUUAUAGACGUUGAGAAUGUGUCAAAUUACAUUUUAGUGAAAGAAAAAUCAAACAAAAGGAAGAAUAAAAGGUCUGAGUUCAGGUCUUUUUAA